AUGUCAAACUCAAACUGUGAGAGGAAUACUAAUGAGGAGGAGGAGGAGGAGGAGGAGGAGGAGGAGGAGGAGGAGGAGGAGGAGGAGGAGGAGGAGGAGGAAGGUGAAAAAGAAUUGAAAGUGGAAGAGGAGGAGGAGGAAGAAGAAGAAGAAGAAGAAGAAGAAGAAGAAGAAGAA